AUGAAAAGAAUAAGAUUGCCUUGGUUCAAUACGGAGGCUUCUUAUUCCAAUCUUGACGAUUCCCUUAGCUCAAGAAAUAAAAGCAGCACUGAUAACAACUCUCGUUCUAAAAGUUAUCGUACUUUUACAAGGUUUGACUUGAUCAAUUCUUUAUUACUAUCAGUGAUGCUAUUCUUACUAGUCAUCCUCAUUACUGCAUUAUAUUUAACAAGGAACUCCAGGCUUGCGUACUCACAUGCUUCGAGAGCCGUUCUGUUUAAUCCAUUAGGCGUGAUAUCACAGUCACUGGGCAAUCAUACAUUGAACUAUGACCCAGAAGCCAGGGAAUCUUCCAAAAAACUGUACGAACUCCUUUCUGAUUUCAAUACAGCCUAUUACGACGACGAAAACAUGAUUCUAGGAACUAACAUGUUUUCAAAAAACACAUAUUCGAGACAACCAUAUGUUGCUAACGGUUAUAUAGGUAGCCGUAUCCCCAAUAUUGGGUUUGGGUAUGCAUUAGACACCUUGAAUUUUUAUACGGACGCUCCAGGUGCUUUGAAUAAUGGUUGGCCCUUGAGAAAUCAUAGGUUUGCUGGUGCAUUUGCGUCAGACUUUUAUUGCCUUGAACCAAAACUAAAUUCAACAAAUUUCCCGGAAUUGGAUGAAGUAGGGUACUCUUCGGUCAUUUCAUCCAUUCCACAAUGGACAAAUCUACAGUUCUCAUUAACAAAUAAUUCCAAGUGGUUCAACCCUCAAAAUGUUACGUUGGAUGACGUAACUAACUAUAGUCAAAACCUUUCAAUGAAGGAUGGUAUCGUAACUACUGAGUUAGAUUGGCUAGAUAGUCAAAUACACGUUAAGAGCGAAAUUUGGGCACAUAGAAACAUUCAUCCGCUAGGUGUAGUUUCUCUGGAAAUCUCUUUAAACAUGGACCGUUUACCUUCAGAUUUUGACUCGCUGGAUAUUAACAUAUGGGACAUACUCGAUUUCAGCACAUCUCAUAGAACAGUUUUACAGAACAUGGGAGCAGAUGAAAAAAAUAAUGCAGUCUUCAUGAUCGUUCAGCCAGAUAAUGUACCAUCCUCCAACUGUGCCAUUUACUCGACGUGUACUGUAAAAUUUGAAAAUUCUACUGAGCCAAUAAAUUCUGGUGAAUCUUUCGAAAAUAAAGAUGCUUCGUCGAAUGUUUAUAAGGUCGUUUUAACAGAGGACCAACCCAAGAUUAUUGUCCAUAAGUAUACUGGUGUUAUGUCGACUGAAUUCAACAAGAAUAAAGAGCAGCAAGACGACACUAAUAUAGAACUAGCUAAAAUGAUCGCAUUAAACAGCAGAGGUAAUUAUGAGCAGCUUCUGUCGAGUCAUAAGCGUGCUUGGUAUAACCUUUACAACGACGCAUUUAUUGAAAUUCCCUCUGACAGUCUUCUAGAAAUGACUGCGAGAUCAUCCCUGUUUCAUUUAUUAGCAAAUACUAGAGACUACAAUGUCUCGAGUGACAGAGGUCUGCCGGUCGGUGUUUCCGGUUUAUCGUCGGAUUCUUACGGUGGCAUGGUGUUCUGGGAUGCAGAUAUAUGGAUGGAACCUGCCGUAUUGCCCUUUUUCCCUAAUGUCGCUCAAAAUAUGAAUAAUUACAGAAAUGCCACUCAUGCUCAGGCAAAGUCCAAUGCCGAGCAAUACGGAUAUCCGGGAGCUGUAUAUCCUUGGACAUCAGGUAAGUAUGCAAAUUGCACUUCUACAGGCCCCUGUGUAGAUUACGAAUAUCAUAUCAAUGUCGAUGUUGCCAUGGCCUCCUUUUCUAUAUAUUUGAAUGGUCACGAAGGAAUUGAUGACGAGUAUUUAAGAUAUACCACAUGGCCAAUUAUCAAAAAUGCAGCUCAAUUUUUUACUGCUUAUGUUAAGUACAAUUCUUCAUUGGGAUUGUAUGAAACAUACAAUUUAACAGAUCCCGAUGAGUUUGCAAAUCACAUUAACAAUGGAGCUUUUACGAACGCCGGCAUUAAAACGCUGUUGAAGUGGGCAACAGACAUUGGUAAUCAUCUUGGUGAAAUUGUUGACCCGAAAUGGAGCGAAAUCUCUAAAGACAUUCUUAUUCCUAGAUCUUCCUCUAAUAUCACUUUAGAAUACUCCGGUAUGAAUAGCUCAGUGGAGAUUAAACAGGCAGAUGUGACUCUAAUGGUUUACCCACUUGGGUAUAUCAACGACGAGUCGAUUUUGAACAAUGCAAUCAAGGAUCUCUAUUACUAUUCAGAGAGACAAUCUGCAUCUGGCCCUGCAAUGACGUACCCAGUUUUCGUUGCCGCAGCUGCCGGUUUACUAAAUCAUGGCUCUUCUUCACAAAGUUAUUUAUAUAAAUCGGUUCUUCCAUACUUAAGAGCUCCGUUUGCUCAAUUUAGUGAACAAUCUGACGACAACUUUUUAACGAACGGAUUAACUCAACCGGCAUUCCCCUUCCUAACAGCCAAUGGUGGAUUUUUACAGAGCAUUCUAUUUGGAUUAACGGGUAUCCGGUACUCUUAUGAAGUUGAUCCAGAUACUAAGAAAAUCAACCGUUUAUUAAGAUUCAAUCCCAUAGAAUUGCCUUUGCUUCCCGGUGGUAUUGCUAUCAGAAACUUCAAGUAUAUGAAUCAAGUCCUAGAUAUUAUAAUUGAUGAUCACAACGGUACAAUUGUUCAUAAAUCUGGAGACGUUCCCAUACAUAUAAAGAUACCUAACAGAUCUCUAAUUCACGACCAGGAUAUCGACUUUUAUAAUGGUUCUGAAAGUACAGAAAAUUCGAAGCUAAAGCGUCGGGAACUUGGCCAUGUUGGUGACCCGAUGCGGAUGGAUCGCUAUGGCACUUAUUAUCUUUUGAAACCAAACCAAGAACUGACGGUUCAAUUGUUCAAACCUGGUUUGAAUGCAGAAAAUAACAUAGCGGAAAAUAAACAAAUUACAAAUUUAACAGCCGGUGUUCCCGGUGACGUUGCAUUUUCUGCAUUAGAUGGGAAUAAUUACACGCAUUGGCAACCAUUGGACAAGACCCAUCGCGCGAAGUUGUUGAUCGAUCUAGGCGAAUUCAAUGAGAGGGAAAUAACCAAGGGAAUGAUUCUUUGGGGUCAAAGACCUGCAAAGAAUAUUUCCGUCUCCAUUUUGCCUCAUUCCGAGAAAGUUGAAAAUUUAUUUGCGAAUGUGACAGAACUCAUGCAAAACUCAGGAAAUGACCAACUUCUUAAUGAAACAAUUGGUCAACUUCUGGAUAAUGCCGGCAUUCCGGUUGAGAAUGUUAUCGAUUUUGAUGGCAUAAGCCCAGAGGAUGAAGAAUCUCUAGAUGAAGUGCAAGCCUUGUUACACUGGAAGAAGGAAGACUUGGCGAAGCUAAUUGAACAAAUACCUAGAUUAAGCUUCUUGAAAAGAAAAUUCGUCAAAAUUCUUGAUAACAUUUCCGUGAGUCCAAGCGAGCCAUAUUACGAGGCGAGUCGCAACCAGUCAUUAAUUGAGAUUCUGCCCAGCAAUAGAACGACUUUCACAAUUGAUUACGAUAAAUUGCAGGUGGGCGAUAAAGGGAAUACAGAGUGGAGAAAAGCAAGAUACAUUGUCGUGGCCGUACAAGGAGUGUACGAUGAUCACGAUGAAGACAGCAAUGGAGCUACAAUCAAGGAAAUUGUGCUCAACAGUCAAGAUGAAAUGAUUGCAUAUAAGUAG